AUGCGCUGUAAUUUAGAAUUUUUUGAAGAGGCCGAAGCAACUAAUAGAAGAAAUCGUGAGCUAGAAAAUAAUCUACAUUUAUUAGAGCAACAGAAUGAAGAAAUCGAAGAAUUGGCAAACAAAAAAGCGAUACUUUCUGAAAUUGUCUAUAUUAUAGAUUAA